GUUGUCCAGGGCAAGUCGGCGCAUUGGAUACUGGGAAUUGUGGUCUUUGCUUCUGCGCCUCCCUGCGGGUUUGCGACGUUUAGCGACUAUCGCGCCUGCGCCAGCGCCGGCUGAUAGGCUGGGGCUGUGGUGGCUCGUGCCUGGUGAUGCUAGGCGGCUCCUUGGGCUUCAGGCUGUUGCGAGGUGUGGGUGGGAGUCGCGGACACUUCUGGGCGCGGGGUAUCCGCGAAGGUGGCUCAGCCAUGGCGGCAGGGGAGAGCAUGGCUCAGCGGAUGGUUUGGGUGGACUUGGAGAUGACAGGAUUGGACAUUGAGAAGGACCAGAUUAUUGAGAUGGCCUGUCUGAUAACUGAUUCUGAUCUCAACAUUUUGGCUGAAGGUCCUAACCUGAUUAUAAAGCAGCCAGAUGAGUUGCUGGACAGCAUGUCAGAUUGGUGUAAGGAGCAUCAUGGGAAGUCUGGUCUUACCAAGGCAGUGAAGGAGAGUACAAUUACAUUGCAGCAGGCAGAGUAUGAAUUUCUGUCCUUUGUACGACAGCAGACUCCUCCGGGGCUCUGUCCACUUGCAGGAAAUUCAGUUCAUGCAGAUAAGAAGUUUCUUGACAAAUACAUGCCUCAGUUCAUGAAACAUCUUCAUUAUAGAAUAAUUGAUGUGAGCACUGUUAAAGAACUGUGCAGACGCUGGUAUCCUGAAGAAUAUGAAUUUGCACCAAAGAAGGCUGCUUCUCACAGGGCACUUGAUGACAUUAGUGAAAGCAUCAAAGAACUUCAGUUUUACCGAAAUAAUAUCUUCAAGAAGAAAACAGAUGAAAAGAAGAGGAAAAUUAUAGAAAAUGGAGAAAAUGAGAAGACUGUGAGUUGAUGCCAGUUCUCUUGCUGCCACCACAGAGUCCUCUGGAAGUGACUCCUGGUGGUUUUUUUCUCUUCACCAAUUAAUUGCCUGGCAGAGCGAGCACGUUUCAGUUAACUUACACCUCUAGGUUACUCACACAGAUGCCACCUGAAAUACUAUUUUUUCUGUCUGUGCUGUUACCAUUUAUGACAUAACAGCUUCUUUGUAAGUACCAGGCCAUGUCCAUUCCUUGGUACAUUUCUGCAUUUGCUUUUAGACCAUUUUCUUUUGUUUAAAAAAUAAAUAAAUAAAGCUAGUUGUAUUGAAAUGCA